GAUGUUCACGACAAUAGGAGCACGUUUACGGCUGUAUCACGGCGGAGUGUUGUGUGAGUUUGUUUUGCUUUGAUUUCUGAUUUUACUGUGCGGACGAAUAGAAUAUCUGGGGCAGAUGGGUUGGGGGACAUGAAUGGGUGUCCCUUAUUUUGCCACACUGAAGGAUCCAACCCUUAAGGCCACCCCAAGAACAAUAACUAUAAAGCUUUAACCAGCAGAUGUCCUCAGCAUGCUGCUUCAAGUGAAUAGCUUGUGUAAUCGAUCUAAUCUAACAGUGAAUUUGGCUGACAGAGUAGGUAUAGUGGAAUAAAAACAAUGCCUAGUCUUUUUCACUGCAACUUCAAAAGGAAGCAAGACAGUGUUGUCAAAACUAGCGCUGGAUACCUGAGAUCUCUCCCACAACAGUUCACCAAUAAAUACUGGGAAUAUUCAUAUCAUUCUACAAGAGAAGGACAAACUCCAGCUGUAUCAGCUGAAAUCUGUUUGAAGAUGGAGUUUAUUAAAGUGGAGAUUGAGGACAUGAGUGAUCCAGAAUCAUCCAGAGUAAAACAUGAAAAUACUGAGGAACAAAUAGACCAGAUGGAGGCGAUGGAGCAAAAACACAAACUGAAUGAAGUUAAAGAGGAGAAACAUGACUUACAAACUCAAGGAACAGAAGCCAAAAAGCUGCACAUCUGCUCACAGUGUGGAAAGAGAUUCCCAAAUAAAAGAGGAAACCUUAACAGACACAUGAGAAUUCACACUGGAGAAAAACCGUUUACAUGCACUCAGUGUGGAAAGAGUUUUCUUGGUGAAUCAGGUCUCAGAUAUCAUCUGCUCCUUCACUCUGGAGAAAAACCAUUUAACUGUGAUCAGUGUGGUAAAGAUUUUAUUUCAUCAUCAAAUCUAAAAAAACACCUGAAAGUUCAUUUAUAUGAGAAGCCUUAUGAGUGUUCUUUGUGUGGAAAGAGUUUUUCAAGGAUGGAUCUAUGUAAAAAGCACCAGAAAACACAUAAUGAAAUAAGAGAUCAUGUGUGUUUGGACUGUGGGAAGAGCUUUACAACAGCUGACAGUCUGAAACGGCACCAAAGAAUUCAUACUGGAGAAAGACCUUACAAGUGCUCAUCUUGUGACAGGAGUUUCUCUCAGUCUGCACACCUGAAAUCACAUGAGCGACUUCAUACUGGAGUGAAGGCGCACUGUACUCAGGAGGGAGUUUCACCUGAGCAAAAACUCUAGUAAUUCAUAUUUAAAAACACACUGAACAAAUGUUAUCCUCAGAUCUUUCAGGUAAAUAAUGUGAGAUUCAGAUAAAAUAAAUGUAUAGAAAUGCAACAGGAAUUGUAGAGAUCAUCCUUCACAUAAAAAAAAAAGUCAUGUACUUAUUCAAUUGCAUUUGCUCCCAUUUAUUUGUGCUCACAGGACUCAAAACAACUCUCUUUCAAUAUUUUAGUU